AAGUCAUCCUAGUAACCGUAACCUGAAAUUGCAGCUCUUCAAUUCGGUAGAUUCGAUUGUGUCAGAUUGUGUGUAUCUGCGUAAUCGAAUUUUUACGGUAUGGCUGAUAUGGGCCUAAGUUUAGAUGAUAUUAUUAAAAAGUCGAAAUCAUCAGGAAUGAGAGGCAGAGGAGGGAUUCGCAGGGGACUCAAUAGAGGCUCACGCGCGAAUGGUUCUAUGAGAGGACGUGGCUCGCAUGUAGUUACAGAUGCACGAUUUAAAAUAAUACAGAAGAAUCGUGAAAAAUUGACCGAUGCCAGGGACAAGCUUGCGGAGAUAGCAAAGCAGAGCGAUGCUAGGAUCAAGUUGGAUAAGAUUCGAGCGUCUCAGUAUAAAAAGAUGGAUGUGCAGCUUUCCGGGAUUUCGCGAAAGACCGGCCGAAAUGGCAGGCUUUCGUUAUCGACAAACAAGGUGCCGCCUCUGAUGCCGCACGUAUUGCCACCAAAUAUACCGGCUCCCACGAGAGUAGUAGGGUACAGACCACCCUCUCUCUCCGAACCGCAUUAUUUAGGAGAUAUGAGUAUGGAUUAUAAUGAUGAUUAUCUAAUGGAUUCCCCUUCAUUAAGAAGAACUGUGAGUAACGAGUAUGCGCCAGCACCACCACCUCCACCCCCUGUGUUCAAUAUUCCAACUUCUCCUUACUCUUGGGUGAAGCCUACGAGCACUAAUAUGGCUAGAAUUCCAGCUCGAAAAUCUGAUAUAGAAAGGGAACGAGAAAGACAGAGAGAUUAUAAACUCGUUCCACGCUCUUCAAUGACUAAGACUGCUUCGCCACCUUACAAAGAAGACUGGAGUUUUGGAACAAAAUCAAGAACAAUUUUGGCAGAAGAAACCGCAGAUUCCAAGUACUAUGAUUCCAGAAGUCUUCGAGAUGUAGGAGUUAAGUCGCGUCUUGAUUCGUCUGUGAAUAAAUCGAGAAUAAUGGGCGCUUUAUCGCGACCGAAAGCAAGUUCAUCUAGUUCAUCGACGCAAUCAACGGGUUAUCGAAUUGUAGUAUCCAAUUUGCAAGCGAAUGUCACGCAAGAGGAUAUCAAGGAAUUAUUUGAAGAUGUUGGAGAAUUGCUGGUAUCGAGAUUAGUUCGCCCAGGCACGGCGGAAGUAAUUUAUAAGACAUUGAAGGAUGCGACUAAAGCAGUUGAAACUUAUCAUAAUCGGCAAUUAGAUGGCCAUCCGAUGAAAUGCCUUCUUGUUAAUCCACGACCAAAAAAUAAUCCAACUGGACCAGCCGUGCGAUCUCUUACAGAAUCGAGACGCAGUGUCAGCUCGAGUUAUGUACAGCCGAGUUUAGGAGCGGUGCAUCGCGCGUUAUUUGAUGAUUCUUAAUCGAAUAUAUUACUGUAUUAAUGAAUAUAUGAAUGCUUUUGAUAUAAGAAAUAUUAAAAAGGGAAAUGUCGCAUGUAUAUUUAAGACAUCAUCAACGCAGGAUAAUCUUAGGGAAAUGAAAUAGAGAGAAAACAGUAUGCAGAUCUCACCUGCACGUUAAAUUUGCGCGCUUAUACGUGCGCGAAUCCGAUUCCCAUCUGCGAUUGUAUCGAUAAAAUAAACUUGUACCACUCAUUAUCUUCAAUCUA